CAAGAGAGAGAGAAGAGUGUCUGAAAUAGAAUCUGACGACGAUCACUUAACUCCAAAUCUCAGUGGCAUACUUGUAAUUUUACUCUUAACGUUUCAACAAGAACUCUCUCUCUUUCCUUUUUCUUUUCUCUCUCUCUCUCUUUCUUUCAAGGAGCAGCUUCAGAGACUUGCUUGAUGAUCAUCAUCUCAAGUCUCAUUUCGUAAUUUACAUGAGGAUCCCUCACCUGGGUCUCUCUACGAAAAAAUGGAAUCUGUACAACAGCCACCACAUCUCGAGACCCUUGUCUCUGUUCAAGUAAUCCAUAGUACCUCAAGUGGCUGUGAUGAUGAUGGUAGCUCCAACGAAGACAGAGAGUCUCCUCGUAGAAGCUCCGUUGCGGUGGAGGUUAAAGAAGGAGAGAUAGUAGUCAAGGAUGAAGACAGGAGAUCAAAUGCGUCGGUGUGUUCGGUGGAAGUAGAUCUGGAGCUUGGAGUAUUGCCUGAGAAAGCCUUGCUAUAUGAGAGAGAUUGUAGGAUUUGUCACAUGAGCUUUGAUGCAGCUAAUCUUGAAUCUGGUGUUCCCAUUGAGCUUGGUUGUUCUUGUAAAGCUGAUCUCGCUGCUGCUCAUAAGCACUGUGCUGAGACUUGGUUCAAGAUCAAAGGAAACAAAAUCUGUGAAGUAUGUGGGUCGAUUGCAGGUAAUAUUGUUGGAACUGUUGAGGUGGAGUCUGAGGAAAGUCUGAAUGAAGCAAAUGGUGUAGUAGUGAAUCAAGCUUUGAGAACAUCUGGUCCACGAUUGGCUGAAGCUAGAAGCUUCUGGCAAGGACACCGGUUCUUGAAUUUCCUUUUAGCUUGUAUGGUCUUUGCCUUUGUCAUCUCUUGGCUCUUCCACUUCAAUGUCCCCUCUACAUAGCUAGUAGAGAUCUCUGGGAAAGGUAAUUUUUAUCUUGUACCAAUGCCGUUUUCCCACUUUUAAGUAUUAUUGUAAGUUUAGAGAGGAAGACCAAGACCUAGAAGAGCGUAUAAUGCGAUUGAUUUGCGGGUUGUUGUUUGUGUCUUGAAAAUGUAAAUGUGUUUUGUGGUUGAGGAUGAUAAUGUAUAUAGCUUCUAGUCAUACUCUAAAGCUUAAUGCAAUUGCAGUCUUGUGAAAAGUCUCUUCUCUUA